AUGUCUGCUCGGAAAAAAAUUAGCUUACCCAUUGAGGCUCUUUCAGAGUAUAAAGUAUUGGAAAUAUUAAACGACGGGAAAGAAAUUUUAGAAAGACCGUUGACAGCGACUGACAAAUUCGAACGAAUAGUCGGCAGUAUUGAUUUUAGUGACGAGAAUUAUGGAAUAAAAGAUGCCAAAGAUGAGGAUGAGGGUAAAGUUAGUAAAAUUUCGGAAAAGAGUUGGAAUAAUAUUCGUGAAUGGAUAAGAUCGUCAUACGGUGAAGUGUGUGCUUUUUUGGAUUUUAUCUCGGUUUAUAAAGAAACUAGAUGUAUGGCCAUUUUUCAAGUCGCUCCUAGUGACCAAGACUCGGAAUUCGGUGGACGUAAUCUAAAUGCUCAAGCGCUAACAUGUCUUGGAGGGAAGAAAACGGCUCUUUCAAAUGCUGCGACCAUUCUUCUAAGAGGUGCCCAGCGUUUUCGGGCCAGGAAUAUUGAAAAGAUUCAAGAACAGCAACGUUUUGCCGAUGGCCAACGACGUCUCUCUUAUCAUGAAAGUUUAUUGGAGCUACGUAAAUCCUGGCGAAUAAAAUUGAGCCAAAACAGCAUUUUGGGGGAUGUCAGUCUCCGCUGCAUUGGUUCGAGAGGCAAGGAAGGAGGGAUCUUUGAGAUCGUCGAAGCCGAUAAAACCCAACCGAUCUCUGAGGGGGUAUACGAACCGAUCAAAGUUAAAUUUAGCUCCACAAUGGAGUCCCUUUUGAACAAAGAGCAAGUCACUGGUCGUCUUCGUGUUACAAUCCGUCAUCUUGACGGAAAUAACAAGAAAGAUUGGUUUAAAUCUCUUGUUCCUCAAAACAACGGCCCACUUUUGUGUCGCCAAUUUAAGCGCCCCAAAACUCAAUUCGAUCGUCUAUGCUUGGCACAACAUUUGCUUAUGUGCCGGGAGAUUAUGUCCAUUCUCUUUUAUGAAUCAUCAUUGAUUGGGAUCGAUAAAUUCAAUAAUGAUCUUAUUGCUUUUUCUUCUCCGAACAAAGUUAUCGCUACAAUUUAUCCAGGGGUUCAAUUGGCCAUUAGUUUGGAAAAAGCUGAUGACACCCCUCUGGAAAGUGGGGAGGUAGAGUAUCCAGCGUUGAGUACCCAAUUGAAGAGAUUGAUCCUCCGUCAGCAUGUUCAAUCAUGGUUUAACAUCGCUAGUAUUCCGUAUCCGGCAACUGGGCCGGUUCAAGUGCCUUUGCAUCUUCGUGGUGGAGGUGCUUCAAUCUUUCUUAAUAGCUCCAAGUUUCCACAAGGUCAAAAUGACGGAGGGGUACCCAUAAUCACUAAUUGCGUGGCCGGUAUGGGUAAUUCUGCAGCCUCAGCAUGGAUCACCUAUCAGAAUCAGGCUCUAAGAGCCGCUCCUCAUCAACCCUAUUCAGCUCCAAGGGGUCAGGAACGCUACGCCUACUUCAACGAUUGGGCUCUAAAUCAGCAGUCUUUGCAACAACAGGUCCAAUCAAUUCCUGAUGAAGUAUCCGUCUCAGGACUCAUGUUAAGCAGCUUGGAACACGACCUCAGAUCGAAUCGCGCUUCUCCUGAGGCGAUAGCCUGCAUUUUAGGCUCAGGGGAUGGUCUUCUCACGCCAGUAGUAAAGAUAGCUCGACAUAGAGUGCUAAGACAGAAUGUGGCGACGAUCUUGACUAAAUUUGUUCGUGAAAUUGCCGAGGAAAGAAUGAGUAUUACUACUGUGUGGUGCACCAUUUCUACUAUGCUCUCCUCUAGUGUUAGGGUGACGAUGUACUCCUUGGGUCAUGCAACUUGCUCCACUCGGUUUCUAAUAUCUGUGGGAGUUGAGGAGGUCUCGAUUAAAGGUAUUUGUGGAACAUCUCCGGCCAUCAACAUCCCUGCAAAUGCGGAUUUGCAGCAAGAACUUCUGCGCAUCCUCAAGCUUCAAGAACUGAGGACUAAGAUGUAUACAAUUCAAAGCCUUACCUCAAAGUUUCUGGGGUGGGUUCAACUUGGAUGCCCAGGGAUGCCUUUCGUGGAUUCUCCUCUAAGUGCCCUUCUACUGGCUUCUCGUAGUGGAAAUAGGGUUGUCUGCAUUCGAGCGAGCGAUAAGGAGGAGGAUUUGGAGUUUUGGGUAGCCAAUUCGAAACAGAAUGAACUGAUCAUGGCUGGCAGUCGAGGUGAUCUACUGCAGAAUCUGCUCUCUUGUGUAGACAGCAGCAACACCCGGUUUCACUUCCGAAAGGUGGAUUUGACUCGAGUGUCUGGGCAAAAUGUUGUUGGAAAGAUUGAGAACCUUCUCACUUGUCUUAGUUUUGCUUGA